GACAAACAAACACAGCGGCUGUGAUGCUACAGAAGAAUGUAGACAUCUUUGAAAGCGACUCAUCGGUCAUUUUUAGUAACUUUUGUCAAAAGUCUCAGCUUAAACAUGAGUUCGUUUGCGGGUCGAAUGAAGGAGUAUCCCUAUAUUUCUCUGGACCGGUUCGACAGGGAGAACCUGCAUGCCCGGGCAUAUUUCCUCUCCCACUGUCACAAAGAUCACAUGAAAGGACUGAAAGGACCACUGCUGAAGAGGAAACUGCAGAUCAGUCGUACAGUCAGGCUGUACUGCUCCUUUGUGACCAAAGAGCUGCUGUUAAACAACCCAAAGUAUGCUUUCUGGGAGGAAUACAUUGUUCCUCUGGAGCUGGAGAGCCCAACUCAGAUUUCCCUUGUGGAUGAAGCAUCUGGGGAGAAAGAAGAGAUUGUGGUGACGUUGCUGCCUGCAGGUCAUUGUCCCGGCUCCGUCAUGUUCCUGUUUGAGGGUUGCCAGGGCAACGUAUUGUACACGGGUGACUUCAGGUUGGCGGCUGGAGACGCGUCCAGAAUGGAGUAUCUGCACUCCGGCAGCAGGGUGAAAGAUAUUCAGAGCAUCUAUCUGGACUCCACCUUCUAUGACCCACGUUUCUACCAGAUACCCACUCGGGAAGUCUGUUUGAGCGGCAUCUCAGAGCUUGUUGGAAACUGGAUCAGUCAGAGUUCGUAUCACAUCGUGUGGCUCAACUGCAAAGCUGCGUACGGCUACGAGUACCUGUUCAUCAACCUGGGAGAUAAGUUCAACACACAGAUCCACGUCAACAAUCUGGCCAUGUUCAAGAAGAUGCCGGAGAUCCUGAGUUAUGUGACAACCAACCGCAAGACUCAGAUACAUGCCUGUCGACAUCCAAAGGAUGAAGAGUUCUUCCAAGCUAACCGGGUACCUUGUGGUUGCACAGCAGCUGAUGGGACUCCUCUUCGCAUCAUCAGCAUUAAACCGUCCACCAUGUGGUUCGGAGAGAGAACCAAGAAGACCAAUGUGAUUAUAAAGACAGGAGUCAGUUCAUACAGAGCCUGCUUCAGCUUCCACUCCUCCUACUCUGAGAUCAAAGACUUCUUGUCGUAUCUCCAGCCGGUCAACGUCUAUCCCAGCGUCGUCCCUAUCGGUCGCUCGCUGACUGAGGUCACACAGAUGUUGAGGCUGAUGUGUAGGAACCAGACUCAUCAGGCAGCUGUCGUUUACAAACCUCUGGGAGUCCUCAAACGCAGCAGGGUGCAGCGUCCUACUUACGACUCGGAGAGCGACGAUGAGCUGUUCGAAGGUUUGGACCUGGCACCUGUGAGGAAGAGGAUGGGGUUGAGCCUGGAGGCAAAGACUGAGAACAGCCCUGAGAGACCUGCACCUCCAGUGCCCGUUUCUUUACCUCUGCUAGAAUCCAACUCGCAGUCUGUUGCACAAAACUACUUCGACUGCACUGAGUCCAAUGGUGAAGAUGACGAUGAGGAGGAGGAGGAGGGGGAUGGAGCGGGCAAAGGGGAUGGAAAAAGAGAGGAAGAAAGCAGAGAAACAGUGACUGCCUCUAUGGUUCCAAAAUGGGAUGAUUUUUUCACCACAGAGGUGCUGACUGACAGCCAGAACAGCCAAUCACAGUCCUGCUGCUCCCUCGCCCCCUCCCCCUCCAGAGCGACCGAUUCGCAGACGCCCGAACUGUUCAGUGACGAAGAGGAAAGUCCAGACAUUGACGAAACCUUCAACCUGACCCUGUCCGCCUCUUUGUCCAAUCACUCCUCGCAGAACAUGGACUCACAUUUACCCGACACCUUGAUCCUCCAGCCGGAGCAGAGCAGGCGGGAACAGGGUGACGUGGAAACCCGGAAUGAUAACGGGAUCGUCCAAUCAGAGAUGGAGGAGCUGUCAGCUUCUCAGGUAUCAUCAGAUUUCGAUAUUCCCUGCACGCCGGAGUCGAAGGCGCCGCGACCUGACGAACUCUCCCAGCUGUACAGGAAGUUGGCUUCAGGAGAGGAAGUGAUCAUCAGAAAAGGAAGUCAGGGUUCUGCAUGAAUGGGACAAACAUUAAAGCAGCCAUUUCUGCUCAGUAUGCUGGACGCGGGGCAACAUGAUGAGAUACCUCAAGAUUACAAGCAGACACCUGCAGCGCUGUGGCAACAAAAGAGAUUAUUAUCUAUAUAUUUUAUUAUCUUGAGACAUUCAGUGUCUCUAAAAUUAGAGGUUUUUUUCUUUUAGUUAAUAUGAAACUAUGGCUGUAUGUGAUUAUCUGGAACUUUUGUUAUUUAAGGCUCAUUAUUUUGCUGCCUGCUACAGAUUAACAGUUUAAUCCAUUAUUAGAAUAUUUACUUUUACCACCUCAAGGUUUGACAACCUAAUAGCGUUGUUGGGAUGAGUUUACGCAACAGCCCACUUUAUAUUUCCUUCAAGAGUUAUAUUCAUUUUUAUUAUUAACCGAUAAUUCCUAGGGGUUUACAUCAAAAGAUCACAGUACGAUAUUACAGAGCCCUUCAAGUGGCGUUGAUAGAAAAAAGAAUAUUUAACUUGUGAUGCAUCAACAACCUGCUCAACUUCUUUUUACUGAUCUCAAUGUCUACUACAAUACGAUUCAGAUUUAAUGCAGGAGCCAGCGAUCGAUACGAGACAUCACAAUCCCUUCCAUUCAUAUCUCUAGAAUAUUAAAAUAUUUACUCAUUGAUCAUUGAAAGUAUGAACUGAUGCAGAUCGAUGUUUGUUACACCUCUACUACUUUGACUUUUCUUAAACCGUUUCCAUGACAACAGUUUUUUUUUUUUUUAAAAAUGAAAAGCUGUAGCUGCAUCCGUUUGAUUUAGGAACUUGAUACCAGCUGAAAUGUAUAAAUCCCUGAGGUACUUUUCCAAUAUUGGUUCCUACCUUUCUGCUGUUAAAUCCAGGUGGUGACGCUGCGUAUAAAGCUAAAAAAAAACACUUUACAUUACCUUCCCAGCACCAAACUUCGAGCUGCUGAACAUAAUGGAACAUUUCAUCCAAACAUGGACCAAAAGCAGAGAUACAACAUGGUUUUUUAAAUUAAAACAUGGUUUUAAUUUUAGAUUAAAUCUCCUCAGACAUGGCUUGAUUUGUAUGGUACAUUCAUGCCCUCCAUAGUUUAACAUUUAGCUGUUUGCAUGCUUAUAUUUACUGGUAUGUAGGAUUUAUCAGCAGUUCCAGCUGAUGCUGUGCAUUCCUAAAUGGUUUCACUCCAUGAACAUGUAUGAAUUUAUGCUGCACAAAAUAUCAAUAGUUUUUAAGUUUGUUCACCCAGAGGUCCUCAAAGCUUAUUCAGACUCUGCUGUAAGUUUAUCCAACCCGAUUACAGCAAGUUCAAUAAGUAACAGUUUUAUUCCUGUUAACACGAGCUCCUCUGUAGCUACACUGUAAACUCAGACGUUCCUCUCAAAUUACCUCCAAACCACUCACACCUCACUUCUUUUUCUCUUUUCUUCGCACAUGGACCGAUGCACCUGUGUGCAUCACAUCCAGACUUUAAGUUGACAGUUUGUGGUUUUUUUCUUCCUGUUUGUUAAUGAAAGUGGAUCAACUGAUUUAUUUUUGUGUAUCAAAGCAAAACUUUUGUUUAAGAAUUUAAAUUAAAUGUAUUUAUUUUCAACUAAAGAGCAUGUUUUCACUGAUUAAAUGUUGAAAUCAACAAUAGUUUGACUUGAAAUUAAAUCAAAUUAAAUUUGAAAAGUACUAUAAUUCCAGAAGGAAAAUAUAUUAUUUUCUAGAGUUAGAGGAAGAAAAACACAGUAGAAUAGAUUAUUUUUGUUGUGUUUGAACAUGUUUAGUUUCUUUUCUAGAUGUUUAUUUGUCACAUACUCUAUCAUACAAGUACAACAUGCAUGUAAGCUGAGUCCCAUCCAGACUGUGCAAGUAUAAGUGUAAGAAUAAUAUAACACACAUACUUUCUGCGGUUGUUUUUAUGUUCAUGAUUUUCAGCGUGUCGUCCUGCAGGCGCUCCUGAUGAUUGUGCUGUGUUUUCAUGAAAAGCCGUAGGAUGUUUUCUGUUUCUCUACAGGUGUCGCAGCUGGUUGUCCUAUUUUCUCUGUUUUCUCUGUUCUCUCCACUUUUAGCUUUAUUUGUAUAGCGCCACUUUGCAACAGUGUCAUCUCAGGGCUUUCACCCCUUUCUUUCACCCCCUGUUUCAGGUCCAGUUUUUAA